UCUGGAAUCGAAGUCGACCUCUAUGAGGUCCUAGAGAUCCACCGAGGCGCGAGCACUGACGAGAUUCGGAAGGCUUACCGGAAGGCCGCUCUUGUCAACCACCCCGACAAAGUCCCUGAAGACGAGCGCCCCGCGGCUGAAGCCAAAUUUAUCAAUGUUCAGAAGGCAUACGAAAUUCUCUCCGAUGAUGAUAAGCGCCACCUCUACGACACACAUGGCAUGUCCGCCUUCAACGGCUCUGGUGAGCCUGGAAUGAGUGGAAUGGGCGGGCCCGAUAUAGAUGAUCUUUUGGCACAGAUGUUCGGCGGCAUGGGUGGUGGAAUGGGUGGCAUGGGUGGCAUGGGAGGUAUGCCUGGCGGCAUGCCCGGCGGUAUGCCUGGAGGUGGCCGACCGCGGCGAAGCCCGAACGAAGAGCAGGACUAUGAAGUCAGCCUGGAGGAUUUGUACAAGGGCAAGACCGUCAAGUUUGCCAGUACCAAGAACGUCAUUUGCGGCCUGUGCAAGGGCAAGGGUGGGAAAGAGAAGGCCAAGGCCAAAAAGUGCUCCACCUGCGAUGGUCAUGGUCUUCAGGAGGUGAUUACCCAAAUGGGCCAGUUUCUUACCAAACAGACACGGCCUUGCUCCGUGUGCAAUGGCCAGGGCUCGUUCUUCAGCCCCAAGGACAAGUGCAAGAAGUGCAAAGGAAACCGGACGACCGAGGAGAAGAAGAUGCUGGAAAUCUAUAUCACCCCUGGCUCACGUGAGGGAGAGAAGAUUGUCCUGGAGGGCGAGGCAGAUCAGAUCCCAGACUGUGAGAAUGGCGACAUCGUUUUCAAGUUGGUCCAGGAGGAGCACCCCGUGUUCGACCGUGCUGGCGCCGAUCUGCGGGCUGCUAUUGAUAUCACCCUGGCCGAGUCAUUGACUGGGUUCUCGCGCGUUGUGCUCAAGCAUCUUGAUGGACGGGGUAUCGAGAUUAACCACCCGGCUGGCAGGACUCUGUCUACCGGACAAGUCCUCAAGAUCCGCGGCGAGGGUAUGCCAAUCAAGCGCAGCGACUCCCGGGGUGACCUCUACUUGGCUGUGAACGUGAAGUUCCCCGAUGAGACGUGGAAUCCCACUCCCGAGAUGCUUGAGAAGCUCCGGGAGCUGCUUCCCAAGCCCGACCCAGCUAUCGAGGCGACCACCGUGGACGAGGUCGAGUACGACCCCAACGGCAACAUGGACGAGUUCGGUGCUCGGGAUGCGCACGGCGGAUCGGCCUGGGUGGAGGAUGAUGAUGAGGAUGAGGAGCCAGCGCAGUGCGCGACUCAGUAA